ACACACAGACUCACAGACACACACACACAUGUAUAUUAUUGCACCUAUAAUAUGAGUGCUUUUAAAGUUUGUGCACUAAUGAAAGGAGAGAUUUGAUUCGCUGUCAUGAGGUAACACUCCAGUUUAGCCCCAGAUAAUAAUACUAAUACUAAUAGUAAUAAUACUGCCCACAGGGACAGUAUUAAGCCCAUGUUUAUGUGGUUUGGUGCCAGUCACCGGACUCACAAAGUGUCGGCUUGUUCCAUAUUGAGUCGCACACAAAGCACAAAUAGACACACACAGCAGCCUGGGGAGGAUAUAAAAGAAAAAAGCUCCAGUCUGUAUCACACCCACGGGUGCCGUGUAAUGAUCUGCUCCACUCCUGCACUGCCGGCUCCUCCUCACUCAAUGAAAAGGGAAACUUAACUUUCACUUCAGAGUUCAGGGCAGCAGGGAGUUAGUGACGGGAGAUCCCGGGAGUCUCUAAGGAAACCGCAGACUGGUCUACAAUAUGCGUAUGCCUCUUCUGCAGGAGGAUAUAUCUCAAGGCAUCAAGACAUUGAUCUGCUGGGAGACAUGAGGACUCCAACCAUAGGAACAUAAUCCUGUACAGCGCCUCCAGCAGGACAUUCUCUAGAUUACAGUCAUGGGGAUAUACCGAGAGAUCACCAUGACCACAAGCGCAGACAACGAGCGCGAGGAUCCAAAUCCGAAAUCGACACGCUGCUGUCAUCCAUUCAAUAACAUUAAGGUGUUUGUGCUGUGCCACGGCUUCCUCCAGCUCUCCCAGCUCCUGCUCUCCGGGUACCUGCGCAGCUCCAUCUCCACAAUUGAGAAACGCUUCGGGAUUUCCAGCCAGACUUCCGGAAUUCUCUCUUCCUUUAACGAGAUAGGCAACACUGUGCUGAUCGUGUUUGUCAGUUACUUCGGGAGUCGGGUGCACAGACCCCGCUUUAUCGGCGUUGGAGCUCUGAUCGUCUGCACGGCCGGGUUCCUCAUGUCUCUGCCGCACUUUAUUAUGGGGGCUUAUGAGUAUGACAAGUCUGUGGCAAGUCUUUACAGCAACGUCACAGACAUUUGCCAGUCCCAUGGACCAAUCAGAAGUCUUGACAAUGACAAAUGCGAGGAGAGUGUCCAGAAGGAGAAUAAGAAUGUUCUGUUUAUUCUGUUCCUGGGGCAGAUUCUGCUUGGCGUCGGCAGUGUGCCCAUUCAGCCAUUCGGCAUUUCCUACAUCGAUGACUUUGCCAAUAAAAGAAACUCUCCCCUUUAUAUUGGGAUCCUGUUUGCGGUGAGCUUAAUGGGGCCAGGAGUGGCGUUUAUUCUGGGAUCUGCCAUGCUGCGCUACUAUGUUGACAUUGACAAGCUCUCUGCUGAUGAAAUCACACUCACACCCAAGGACCCCCGCUGGAUUGGAGCUUGGUGGCUUGGCUACUUGGUGGCGGGAAGUGUUGUUGCCAUCGCUUCGAUACCCUACUUUAUAUUUCCAAGAGAAAUGCCAAAACAGGGUCCCAGUGAGACUCCAGAGGAGCCAAAGCUCAGCCUGAUGGAUGAGGUCAAAAAUAAAACAGAAGAAAAAGAGAAGCUGACGCUCUCCCAGUUCGUUAAAGUAUUUCCUAAGGUUCUAUUCCGGACAGUGAAAAAUCCAGUCUUCAUCCUUGUUGUUCUUGCCCAAGCCAAUGUGUCGGCCAUGGCAUGUGGACUGGCGACAUUCAUGGCUAAGUUCCUGGAGAGGCAAUUCUCUGUCACAGCCUCUUUUGCUAACCUCUUAAUGGGGUCUGCUAACAUUCCGGCCGCAAUGUCUGGCAUUGUGUUGGGAGGAAUAAUAAUGAAGAGAUACCGCUUGACUCCCAAACAGUGUGCAUUGAUGUGCGUCAUUGGGUUGGUAGCCUGCAUUUUCACCGCCAGUCCUUUGCUUUUCAUUGGAUGCUCCACACAGCAUUUUGCAAGUCCACAUAAUGACCAACAGGACAGUUCUGGAAUAUGGCAGAACGUGAGAGAAUGUAGCAGUGACUGCCAAUGUUCCAGUACGGCCUUUAACCCUGUGUGUGGCGCAGAUGGGGUAGAAUACAUCUCUCCGUGUUAUGCCGGCUGCAGAGUUGUACACUUUGGGGAGUCGGCAAAUGAAGUGCUGAAUUACACGGGGUGCAGUUGUAUCCCUGCAGGCAGUACAGCCAAACCCGGCUCGUGUGGCACUGGGUGUUUCCAUCUGUUCAAGGUAUUUAUGGCGCUCUUGUGCCUGGCUGGGGGACUGGCUAGUAUGGCUCAGACUCCGUCCUUCAUGCUCAUCAUCAGGAGUGUGAAACCUACGGACAAGUCACUGGCUAUUGGAAUACAGCUUAUGCUUCUGAGGAUUCUGGCUUGGCUCCCGGGCCCCGUAAUGUACGGCAGUGUGAUUGACAGCACCUGUAUCCUCUGGGGGCGGAAGUGCGGCAAGAAAACUUCCUGUCUGUAUUAUGAUAAUAAUCACCUGAGACAAAGGUACAUCGGGCUACAAAUCCUCUUUGAAAUCAUGGCGCUGAUAUUCUUCAUUGCCCUUUUCUUUGUCUUACGGCGAAGAGAAAAUAAAACCGUGGACCAAUCAGCAGCAGGGAACCCGGAGACGCACGCUCUGACACAAGAAGGUGCAAAUGCCUAAGACGACGCAUACGGAGAGAUGUAGUUGCACCGGGAGCUGACGUAAUCACAGCCCAAGAUGGCUUCUUGCGUUGGCCGCCAUGUUGCGCCUGUUGACUCAGGAGAUAUUGACUCGGCAGCUUCCGUUAAGAUAAGCUACAGAUGUACUUCCAGACCUGAGUGGCCAGUGAAAUUCCCUAACAAUGUGACCUGUUGGGCCCCCCAGUAACAGGGCCACAUUCAUAACCCAGACUUAUAAUGCACUGACUGUUAGUGGAAGGUUGCACUUAUUUGUAUAAUAAGUGGGAUUUUGUAUUGAUAAUUACUGGGAAUACUUUGCCUUUAAAUGUCUUUUCGUAAAGAGCAAAUAUUUGCUG